AACUGUUAUAAAGCAACAAGUAAGAAUAGUGUAUGUUCUGUAUGGAUCCGGCUGUGUUGUUUGAUAACAAUGUGUCACUAAACGUUUAUUUUCAUCAUACAUUGACAUCGGACGUAGGAUGGGACAUUUAAUUUUUUAAAAAUGCGCACGUCAAAAACUGAUAUAAAAUACGGAUAUAUUCAGGUACCUAGCCUCCUCGGAGUUUAUUUCCAGAGCAUUGCGAAAUCUGAUGAUCGCCUUCUUGUUGAAAGAAAUAACCGUAGUUGUAAAUUGCAGCUAUAAAAAUGAACUUUGCUGGUAUAUUGCGAAAUCACAAUCUCGGAGUUGACACGACAAGGAGAAUAAUUCUAACAAAAUGUUGCCUAGUAACAUGAACGGUAUAGUUGGUUUCUGAUUAUAUGAACUCGAGCGUCUAGGAAAAUACCACCGACACUGGAAUCGGAAAUUUCUCAAAUGAUAAAACACGAUUUGAUUAACUAAUGAUGAUUGAAAAAUAAAUAUGUUUUACCAGGAUAUUGUGUGAAGGUGUGGGGUUCAAGUCUAUGUGAAACUUUUGGAUGUUUAGUAGACUAAACAGGAAUUGGCAUUUCGAACGUAAUGAUAUACGGCCGCAUUAGUGCGAAGAAAAGAAAUAUGGAUAUUACACUAUUAAAGCCAUAGGCUGAAAGACGGUAUAAGUGACUAGGUAAGUGGGGGACAUUCCCUGGUGCGGAUAAAUACUGAAGCUGACACAACAAUGGACAUAAUUGGCCAAAAAGACCAAGACCAAAGAGGACUAUUACUCGUACUGCGAACAUAACUCAGUGCACGUGCUUAGGGAGCAGACUUUACUUCUCUGCCCGCCAAGACCAAUAUUAGCCCGUGAGUUGGGGCCAUAUCCGCACGGUCUAAAAAAUGGCGGUGAUGGACGGUGAAGCGGGAAUCAUCGUGGGAUGUGUGUUCGGCGGAAUAUUUGUGUUCACCUGCAUCAUCUCUUCCGUAAAGGCAAUCAGGGACCGCCGGAUUCUAAAGAAGCGAAUAGCUGCCAAGGAAAAAGAGCGAAAGGAGAACGGACAGCCGCCAGUAUGCGCGACAAUCGAGGACUACCACCCGGCCGCCAACGGACAGUCAACGUCCGGGGUUGCUCGGAAUGGCCGGGUGCCCGGGGUCGCGUGUACGGCAAAUAGCAACCACCUUACAGUACCGGGUCAACACGCGCAAAAUGGCGUUGACAAUCGGACAUUUGUACAUAGCAGCAAUGACAUCAAAACUUCCGGCGAUGAGGAACGUCGGAACUCAUGCAAAUCAAAAUUCUUGUCGGAAAACGAGCGUUCACCGGUGAACGAAAAUGUGCCAAAGCGAACAUUAUCGAAUGACUAUACAAAGCGUGCGCGAGACAGUGCGGCCCGUGAUGCGUCCCAUUCCUCGACGCGCAGAUAUUCGUACGGAAUAGCGGUGUGCGAACAUUCGUGGCUGCCGGGGGAUCCGCCAGACUACGCGUCAUCGGAGAAAAUAAUGAACACAUACAACUAUGGCAGUAGGAAAAGUGAGGGACAGUUGUAUAAGUCAACUGUUGGCUUUGAAAACAAAGCUUUCGACACCGAUACCCGCAAGUGAUUUUAAUGAAAAGUGUUCAUGAACUAUUAUAAAAACGUGUAACGUCGAUUUCCAUAUAAUGCUAAUGACAUUAAUCUCAUUAUUUGAUAUACGUUAGUGGAUCAUUGUAUCAUGUGUUACCUUGGUUUUUAAAAUCGCGUAAAUUCAGUUUCGAAGGCAACGCUCUUGCAAAAUGUUCGCAUCGUGUGUGACCUUGACCUAAAGUUGUAAAAUCGCGUAAAUUUAGUUGCGAAAGCAACGCUCCUGCAAAAUGCUCGCAUCAAGUGUGACCUUGACCUAACGUUGUAAAAUCGCGUAAACUCUGUUUCAAAAACAACGCUCUUGUAAAUUGUUCGCAUCGUGUAUGACCUUGACCUAAAGUGGUAAAAUCGCGUAAAUCCAGUUUUCCAGGCAACGCUCUUGCAAAUUGUUCGCAUCGUGUGUGACCUUAACCAUACAUUUGUAAAAUCCCAUUAAUUCAGUUUCGAAAGCAACACUCUUGCAAAAUGCUUGCAUCACGUGUGACAUUGACCUAAAGUUGUAAAAGGCGUAAAUCCAGUUUCGAAAACAACGCUCUUGCAAAUUGUUCUUAUCUUGUGUGAUCUUGAUCUAAAGUUGUAAAAUCGUGUAAAUCCAGUUUCGAAAGCAACGCUCUUGCAAAAUGCUCGCACCACGCGUGACCUUGACCUAAUGUUGUAAAAUAGCGUGAAUUCAGUUUAGAAAGCAACGCCCUUGCAAAAUGCUCGCAUCACGUGUGACCUUGACCUAAGGUUUGUGAAAACGUGCCAGUUUUCCAGCACGAUUUAGUUUCUAUAGCAACGUUCUUGCAAUGGUAGAUAGAGGACUAUCAUAACUAGUAGAAACUAGCGGGAUUUGUUUCAGUGCCUCCAGACAUACAUGAAUUUCAAUUAAAACUAACUCAUUGUUUCAUUUCUUUCUCCUCCCCCAGUGUCUUUUUGUACGUCCGUAUAUUUUCUCUACCGAUGAUGCUAUUGAAGUAAUUGGUACGGCAGUUUCCAAAUACACGACAAAUAUAUUCAUACAA